AACUGUGAAGCUUGAGGCCACUAAGGUUCCAAAUUUGUGACAAAGCCCCCAAGGCUCACUGGAGUGGCAGAUAUAGACCCACAGCUAACUGGAUUUAAUUUAUAAGAGGGAAAUCUACAGUCAAUGGCCACUCUCCCCACACUGCAACUAUGGGAAACAGAAUGGUCAAUAGGAUAUGGUCUGAUAAAGAGUGAUGAUUGAAGAUGCUGCUUGUAUACAUGGGGAAUCAAUGAGAGCUACUUGCUGCAUGAAGAGAAUUCUGAGCUUUUCUUGACAAGUGCACCUUUGAGAAAUCAGAGGCUGAUUCUACCCAUCUAUGGUCUUUCUCAAGUGGAUAUAAACACAUUGGCUUCACUGAAACCAGACAACUAGACAACCGAUGUGGCAUCAUGGCGCUGCUCAGAUGCACGUGGCCAAAUUACGUUUGGAGAGCCAUGAUGGCAGGCUUGGUACACAGGGGAUUGGGGGCUUCCUUGACUCUCUGUCUUCUGGGAUGUUGGCUUCAGACUGCGCAUGUACUGUCACAAAAAUUGGAUGACGUGGAUCCACUGGUGACAACCAAUUUUGGAAAGCUCAGAGGAAUUAAGAAAGAACUCAAUAAUGAAAUUUUGGGGCCUGUUAUUCAGUUUCUUGGAGUUCCAUAUGCAGCCCCACCAACAGGAGAACAUCGUUUUCAACCUCCGGAACCGCCCUCUCCCUGGUCAGAUAUCAGGAAUGCCACUCAGUUUGCUCCUGUGUGUCCUCAGAAUAUCAUCGAUGGCAGGUUGCCGGAAGUCAUGCUCCCUGUAUGGUUUACCAAUAACCUGGAUGUGGUUUCAUCUUAUGUACAGGACCAGAGUGAAGACUGCCUCUACUUAAACAUCUAUGUCCCGACUGAGGAUGAUAUUCGGGACAGUGGGGGUCCAAAGCCAGUGAUGGUGUAUAUUCAUGGAGGCUCAUAUAUGGAAGGUACUGGAAAUUUAUACGAUGGGAGUGUCUUGGCAAGCUAUGGCAAUGUGAUUGUCAUCACAGUCAACUACCGACUUGGGGUACUUGGUUUUCUCAGCACAGGAGAUCAGGCUGCAAAAGGAAACUAUGGCAUUCUUGAUCUCAUACAGGCUCUAAGAUGGACUAGCGAGAACAUCGGAUUCUUUGGUGGUGACCCCUUGAGAAUCACUGUAUUUGGAUCCGGUGCCGGGGGUUCAUGUGUCAAUCUGCUGACUUUAUCCCAUUAUUCUGAAGGUAACCGUUGGAGCAAUUCAACCAAAGGACUUUUUCAACGAGCAAUAGCUCAAAGUGGAACAGCACUUUCCAGCUGGGCUGUUAGUUUCCAGCCAGCAAAAUAUGCUAGAAUGUUGGCCACCAAAGUUGGCUGCAAUGUUUCAGACACAGUAGAAUUAGUGGAAUGCCUGCAGAAGAAGCCUUACAAAGAACUCAUUGAUCAAGAUAUUCAACCAGCCCGUUACCACAUAGCCUUUGGACCUGUGAUUGACGGUGAUGUCAUACCAGAUGACCCUCAGAUCCUAAUGGAACAAGGAGAGUUUCUCAACUAUGAUAUCAUGUUAGGAGUUAACCAGGGGGAAGGGUUAAAAUUCGUUGAAAAUAUCGUAGAUAGUGAUGAUGGUAUAUCAGCUAGUGACUUCGACUUUGCUGUUUCCAAUUUUGUUGAUAACUUAUACGGAUACCCCGAAGGCAAAGAUGUUUUGAGAGAAACUAUUAAAUUCAUGUAUACUGACUGGGCUGACCGCCAUAACCCAGAAACCAGAAGGAAGACCUUAUUGGCUUUGUUUACGGACCAUCAGUGGGUGGCACCUGCUGUAGCUACUGCAGAUCUUCACUCAAACUUUGGUUCACCCACAUACUUCUAUGCCUUUUACCAUCAUUGCCAAACAGAUCAGGUUCCAGCCUGGGCUGAUGCAGCCCAUGGAGAUGAGGUUCCCUAUGUAUUGGGAAUCCCCAUGAUUGGCCCUACAGAGUUAUUUCCUUGCAAUUUCUCCAAAAAUGAUGUGAUGCUGAGUGCAGUUGUAAUGACAUACUGGACAAAUUUUGCUAAAACUGGCGACCCAAAUCAACCAGUCCCUCAAGACACAAAAUUCAUCCACACCAAACCCAAUCGCUUUGAAGAAGUAGCAUGGACCAGAUAUUCUCAGAAAGACCAACUGUAUCUCCAUAUUGGAUUAAAACCAAGAGUGAAAGAGCAUUACAGAGCCAACAAGGUCAAUCUGUGGUUGGAGCUGGUACCUCAUCUGCAUAAUCUCAAUGACAUUUCUCAGUAUACCUCGACAACAACUAAAGUGCCAUCAACUGACAUCACUCUCAGACCAACAAGGAAGAAUUCCAUACCGGUCACAUCAGCCUUUCCCACUACAAAGCAGGACGAUCCCAAGCAACAACCAAGUCCGUUUUCAGUGGAUCAAAGGGACUACUCAACGGAGCUGAGCGUCACCAUUGCAGUCGGAGCAUCUUUACUCUUUCUGAACAUCCUAGCCUUUGCGGCCCUGUACUACAAAAAGGAUAAAAGGAGACACGAUGUGCACAGGAGGUGCAGCCCGCAGCGUACCACCACCAAUGACCUGACCCACGCACAAGAAGAAGAGAUCAUGUCCCUCCAAAUGAAGCACACUGAUUUGGAUCAUGAAUGUGAGUCAAUCCAUCCACAUGAGGUGGUUCUGCGGACCGCCUGCCCGCCAGAUUACACACUAGCUAUGAGGAGGUCUCCUGACGAUGUUCCCUUAAUGACACCUAACACUAUUACUAUGAUUCCCAACACGAUACCGGGAAUCCAACCCUUACACACAUUCAAUACAUUCACUGGAGGACAGAACAACACCCUGCCCCAUCCUCACCCCCACCCCCAUUCACAUUCAACAACCAGGGUAUAGCCAGAUAGGAGAAACAAACUUUUUUUUUUUUUGGAUGGACUGCAGCAAAAGCUAACUGAAGAUUCCUUGGCUCUCAACCUACAAGACUCUCACUAUUUAAAUAAGGAGGAAUAUUGUGUGAAUAUACAUAUCAAGAACUUUGGGGGUUUUGAAAAAAAUGAAUUGUAUAUAUAUAUACAUAUAUACACAAAGAGCUUAAACUUUACAAAUUUCAAUUGCGUAAAGCAAUUGUUCUGAAUGAUACUUCCACAUUCACAUUCAAGAUUUAUUUUUUUUGAAGAUUUCAGUUACGUAAUGGAAUUAGGCAUGUGGAACACCAAACAGGAAAGAACUAUGUCUGAAAUAUAAAAA